AUGAAGCAACCUUUCUCUCCCAUGCAGUUUGAAGAGCAGCGGCUACUUCAUGUGAAGCAUAGCCAAUUGUUAACGCAGCAGGAGAAAUACUGGAGGCAGCCUGCUAAAACAAUGUGGUUGAAGGAUGGAGACCGUAACUCCGCCUACUUUCAUCGAAAAGCUUCAAAUAGGCGCAGCAAAAACACCAUUAAGAGUUUAACAAAUGAGGCCGGAGAAUGGCAAUCUGAACCCGUAAUAAUCAAGGGGGUUCUCAUGGACUACUAUCAGAAACUGUUCACUACGAAGGGAACAGGUGAUGAGGCCAUUUUAGAAAUAAUUAGUGCUACUUCAAUGAGGGUCACAAGUGAGAUGAAUGCGGAUCUACUGCAACCAUACUUUGAUGAGGAAAUCAAGGCAACCCUGUUUCAGAUGCAUCCCUCCAAAAGCCCGGGAUCAGAUGGUACUACAUAUUCUCCCUCUUUCUACAUUUUGGGGUUUCAUAUCGUUGCUCUAUUAGCUGAAUCUGGGGCUAAUCUCUUGCCUUAG